AUGAAUUCUAGGCUACUGAAAGAAUGGACACAGCUAAAUAAGAACGGGAACAAAUAUUACCUAUGUCCCAUAGAGGAAAAUGAUAUGACACAUUGGCAAAGUGAAUUCGAAGGACCCAAUAAUUCUCCAUAUAGAGGCCACAAAUUCACACUCUAUCUGGACAUACCAUCAAAUUAUCCAAUGUCACCUCCAAAAGUAAGAUUCAAACCAUACUCUAUGCCACAUGUAAACGUGGAUUGGAAAACUGGUGCUGUAUGUCUUGAUAUAUUAGAAUCGAUGUGGUCGCCAAUCUUUAAUCUGCAAUAUGUUGUUGAAUCCUGUUUGAGGUUAUUGACCGAACCUAAUGGUGAGUCUCCCUUAAACUUAGAACUUGGCAUUUUACUAAGAGUUAGUGAUCAUACAGGUUACAAUGGAUUGAUUAACUAUUAUUUGAACCAUCCACAUAACAGCUUGUCCUCUAAAUAA